CCCUUGCGCGCCUGCGCUUUUGGGCUGUCAGUCAGGGGCAGCGUGGGGAGCUCUGGGAGCGGUUGCGACGUGCUGGGAUCUAAGGUAAAGCCGUAGCUUCUGUCCUGAGGGGCCGCGCACGAGCUGGCUGAGCUGGUUUAUAAAAAUGGAAUUUCAAGCAGUAGUGAUGGCUGUAGGUGGGGGAUCUCGGAUGACAGACCUGACUUCCAGUAUUCCCAAGCCUCUGCUCCCAGUUGGGAACAAACCUUUAAUUUGGUACCCAUUGAACCUGCUUGAGCGAGUUGGAUUUGAAGAAGUCAUUGUGGUUACAACCAGGGAUGUCCAAAAGGUUUUAUGUGCAGAAUUCAAGAUGAAAAUGAAGCCAGAUAUUGUGUGCAUUCCUGAUGAAGCUGACAUGGGAACUGCAGAUUCUCUGCGCUAUAUAUAUCCAAAACUUAAGACAGAUGUGCUGGUCCUGAGCUGUGAUCUGAUAACAGAUGUUGCCUUACAUGAGGUUGUGGACCUGUUCAGAGCUUAUGAUGCCUCACUUGCCAUGUUAAUGAGAAAAAGCCAAGAUAGUUUAGAACCCGUUCCAGGUCAAAAAGGAAAAAAAAAAACAGUAGAGCAGCGUGACUUCAUUGGAGUGGACAACACAGGAAAGAGGCUGCUCUUCAUGGCUAAUGAAGCAGACUUGGAUGAAGAGCUGGUUAUUAAGGGAUCCAUCCUGCAGAAGUACCCUAGAAUACACUUCCAUACCGGCCUUGUGGAUGCCCAUCUAUACUGCUUGAAAAAAUAUGUUGUGGAUUUCCUAAUGGAAAACAGGUCAAUCACUUCUAUCCGGAGUGAACUGAUUCCAUAUUUAGUAAGAAAACAGUUUUCCUCAGCUUCCUCACAACAAGGGCAAGAAGAAAAAGAGGAGGAUCUAAAGAAAAAGGAGCUGAAGUCCUUAGAUAUUUACAGUUUUAUAAAAGAAGCCAAUACACUGACCUUGGCUCCCUAUGAUGCCUGCUGGAAUGCUUGUCGAAAAGAUCGGUGGGAUGACUUGGCCAGAUCACAGGUGCGCUGCUAUGUCCACAUCAUGAAAGAGGGGCUCUGCUCUCGAGUAAGCACACUGGGACUCUACAUGGAAGCAAACAGACAGGUGCCCAAAUUGCUGUCUGUUCUUUGUCCAGAAGAAUCACCAGUCCAUUCAUCAGCCCAGAUUGUCAACAAACACUUGGUUGGAGUUGACAGCCUCAUCGGACCAGAUACACAGGUUGGAGAGAAGUCAUCUAUUAAGCGCUCAGUUGUUGGUUCAUCCUGUCUCAUAAGAGACAGAGUGAAUAUUACCAAUUGCCUUCUCAUGAACUCAGUCACUGUGGAAGAAGGAAAUAUUUCAUUAAAAGCAAUAUAUGCUUCAUCUAGAGGGACAGCUGGACCAGGACCCUUUGAGAUAAGAAGCAACAUCCAGGGCAGCGUCAUCUGCAACAAUGCCGUGAUCGAGAAGGGAGCAGACAUCAAGGACUGUUUGAUUGGAAGUGGCCAAAGGAUUGAAGCCAAAGCUAAACGAAUGAACGAGGUGAUCGUGGGGAAUGACCAGCUAAUGGAAAUCUGAGUUCUGAGCAAGUUAAAUUUCUUCCUUUUGGCCCCCAAAACUCCAGAUGUUGGCUGGCCCACCUGUUUGACUUUGUAUUUAUUUCCUAAUAAAGAAAGGCUUCCAAAGACAUGCUGGAGAGUUGUGGAGCAGU